AUGGUCACAGGUGCCGUCGCCCUGUACUACUACGCGCCAUGGAGUGAACUUGACCUCAGCAUGGGCCAGUUCCUCUCUCACCCUUUCAACGCGGAUGGCGACUUUGGUAUGAUCUCGGAAUACUCGGAAUUUAUCGGAGAGAAUGAAGAUGAUGAUGAUGAGCUUGUCGAUCCUGAUCUUCUAGAUGGAUUUGACCCGCGCGGUGACAACAAGGUCAUGAACGUGGUCCUGACCAGCUCGGACCCUACGAGCGAAUUGUGCCACAAGCCGCUCAUGCUUGAUUUGACCAACAAAAAGUCUGCAUCGAUGCCUCCCUCGCGGACUCAAUCGGACGAAGCAAGCUCGAGUUCGGAGGACGCUGACGACGAUGUCGACGAACAAACGCGUUCUUCGGUCCCAUCGAUUCUGAAGCGCGACAGCCAGCCUUUCCCUUCCGCGCUUCUGUGCAACCCCCUCACGCUGGGAUACGACUCCCCUCGCCAGUCCAAGCGCAUGGCUCGCUAUGCCUCACGGGACUCGGCGUCGCCGCUGGCUCACCUCAUUUCGCCGCGGUCCGGAUCGGCUAUUGCCUCGUCUGAGACGGAUACGCCGCGCUCGUUGGAUGCCGAGACCGACCGCAGCUACAGUCGCAGCAGUGUCGGCACGCCCCGCAGUGUCGUGCUGACCGAACCGGACUGGACGCCGUUUACCGAUAUCCACGAUCGCGCGCGGAAGCGGGCGGUGGUGGCCAACCUCGUGAACACGGUGAGCGAACUUCACUCGCAAAGGUCCUCGCCUACGAAGAAGGGGAAGUCACUGCCCAUCUUGGAAUCGCUUCCGUUUGAGCCUCCGCAGGAGCUGGGCGAUGGAAGCGAGUUUUGGUUCGAGCGAUUCACGCGCAGCACUGCUGCUGCAGGAAAACACUGGGAUUGGCGUCGCCGGUCCUCGACCGAACUCGUCGAGCAACUGGAUACCGAGCUCGCCAAUAACCUCGCCGAGAUCCAUUCCGAGACGGAACCGGAGAAGAGAAACCUCGUCCUGGUACCCUGA